GAAGAAACAUUGACCAAAUUAUAAUUAUAGAUAGAUGUUUGAACAAACGAACUCAGAGAAAAGAAAAUAUAUAUAGGAGCCGGCAACCGCCGCCGUAGAACUAAAAAUGUCACUCGCCUUCAACCCCGGAGUUACCCGUUUCUCCGGCCACAGAGUUGGGACCAGGAGAGAAAUUUUUCGAGUGCAAGGAUUUCCGAUGCCCACCACCAAUAAGCCAUCUCUCAACGUUAAAUGCAGCCUUACUACAACGGAUUUGAUGGGAAAAAUAAAAGAGAAGUUGAAGGGGGAAGACGAUAGUAUUCCGGCAACUACGACUGUUGAAGCUGUGAAUAAUAUACCCUCUAAUUUGUGUAUAAUCGACACCCUUCAAAGGUUGGGAGUCGACCAAUACUUCCAAUCUGAAAUCAACUCUAUUCUAGACGACACAUACAAGUUGUGGAUACAGAAGCACAAAGUUAUAUAUUCCAAAGUUACUAUCCAUGCAAUGGCGUUUAGACUUUUGCGAGUGAAAGGAUAUGAAGUUUCAUCAGAAGAACUGUCUCCAUACGCUAACCAAGAGAGCUUUAGCCAGCAAACAAUAGAUGUGGCGAUGAUUAUUGAGCUAUACAGAGCAGCACACGAGAGAAUAUUUGAAGAAGAGAGAAGUCUUGAGAAAAUACUUGCUUGGACUGCCACCUUUCUCAAGCACCAGUUGCAGACAAACUCCAUUUCUGAUCAGAAAUUGCACAAACUAGUUGAAUUCUACUUGAAUAACUACCGCGGCAUAACCAUAAGGUUGGGAGUUAGACGAAACCUCGACCUAUAUGACAUGAGCUAUUAUCAAGCUAUCAAAGAUACAGAUAGGUUCUCUAAUCUAUGCAACGAAGAUUUUUUAGCAUUUGCUAGGCAAGAAUUUGAUACUUGCCAAGUCCAGAGUCAGAAAGAACUUCAGCAAUUGCAAAGAUGGUAUACAGAUUGUAGGUUGGAUACCUUGAAGUUUGGAAGAGAUGUUGUGCUCACUUGUAAUUUUCUAGCUUCCUUAGUUAUCGGUGAUCGUGCGUCUCAUCAUGCUCGCCUAGCCUUUGCUAAAACAUCUGUGCUUGUCGCACUCAUUGAUGAUUUGUUCGAUCAUGGUGGUUCCAAACAAGAGUGCUACAAGAUUCUUGAAUUAGUAAAAGAGUAA